CUCGCAUCCUGUGUCAACAGUACAAAGACCCAAAUCAAAGAUCUGCUGUAAUCCACUGAUGACCGACAUCAGGGAUCUUUGGACCGGAUUCAACAUGCAUUUCUGCAUCAACCUGGUGCUGUUAAUCCUGCUGCACGGCCUCACUCCAGUACUGACCAAGACCAGAAAUAAAAAGCAAGGGUUGACAAAGAGCAUUCCGAGAAUUAUCGAACCAUCGGGAGAAACGGUCGCCGCCGAGCUCGGGGAACAUUUGGAGCUAACCUGCAAGGCCAACAGUGGUAGCCACAGAUUCCCCACCAUCAUUUACUGGUUGGCAGACAACCAGUUCAUCGAGGAAAGCUACAAGGAUCACAGAGUCACAGAAGGAGAGGAAAAAAUUGGGCUCGAAGACGGAAGGACAAUCAUUCAGAAGAGUUUGAAGUUCACAAAGACAACACAGGAAGAUUUCAGGGUCAAGUUCACCUGUGUGGUGAUGAAUCCCACCGGAAGCUCAGUGAAAAACAUCACCUUAGCAGACACAACAGAAGCAGAAGUUGGCAGCUCAUCCACAAGAAACUAAAUGAGUGAAACUCGUGCAUGAUGCAACGAUGCUGGUGUUGCUCUCAAGGCUACGCUAACCUCAGGAAGGCUGGACUCUGCAAUGUUGUGACCAAAUGCACAAAAAGCAAUAGGGGAAGCUUUGUGAACUAGUAACUCAGGACAUCUGCCAACAUUCUCUUCCUCAUUGCCUACCCCCCUCCCCCACCCCCAAACACACACACACACAUACUGAACAGUCCUUAGAAUUUGAACCUAGAGAACAAAGUUGCUGCCGACUUAAUGCAGGACAUCUAAAACUGUUGGGCUUCCUUGUCCUCAGAAGUUGCAGGUGCCUGGAACCAGAGCUCUGGUUUAAGUCCCACUUCCAGGAUGACCAAAUGCACAAAAAGCAAUAAAAGAAGCUUCAGGAACUAGUAACUCAGGGCCAAGGUGCCCAGCUAAGCUAGUCCCACGUCCCCCUAGACUUUUCUUGUUUUCAUUUGGUGGCACGGUGUCAAAGCCCCAUUCGCUCUCAGAUGAAAGAAGGCAGUACUUUGUAGGGCUAACUCCUGGUGUCUUGGUCAAUAUUUAUCCCUCUGCUAACACAUCAGCUGGUUUUUAAUGGCACUGCUUUGUGGACCUUGCUCUGCGAGAAUUGCCCGUUGUUUCCCACAUUACAAUAGUGUCCACAUUUGCUUCAUUGGUCGAAAUGUAUUUUGGGACAGAAGUCAUUAUAGAAAUUAAGUGUUUUGUGUAAACAGGCACAGAUUAUGUGCGCAAGAUAUGCACAGCACUGCAUGCACCAUGUUUAGAAGCCAUAAAUCUGUUGACCAUGUUGUAAUUUGGAGCAAAGCAUUCACAUCCAGGUUAAAAUAUUACGUGCUUUCUCUGUAAUAUUUUAAAGAACCACCAACACGAGCUCAGGAUCAUUUGUGCCAUAAUUCUGAGUUGUCGAUGUACGCUUACAGUUGAUAAUAAAUUCAGCUGCUUUGCUGGGACUAGAGGCUCCUUCA